CUCCGUCCAUCUCCAGCGCCCGCAUCCUGCUGCUGCAGCGCCCCGAGCUCGCCCAGCCCAGGUCUCAAUGAUUCUGCAUGAAAGCUGAGGUAAACCAUGGCAGGUCUGGCUUGGAUGCCUUUUGAAUUCAUCUUACCCUUUCAUGUAAAUGACACACUGUGAAUUGGAAUGAUGCUGAAAAACAUUUGGCUUCUUCUUUGUGCGGAAGACUAAAGUGAGAUUGAUGUGGUCUUAACCAUUGAAGGAGAUCACUAGAAUCUAGCUGCAGUGAUGAGUUCAGAGGAGAAAGGUAUAUCUCCUGCUCACAAAACCUCUACACCAUCUCAUAAAAGUGCCUCUUCUUCAUCCUCUUCCCAGAGGGACAGUAGGCAGAGUGGCCAUGUGUUAGAGCGGAAUAUUUCUUCUGGAAGCACAGAUCUGGUAAUUGGCAAGCAGUUGCUAGAAAAUGAACCAGUCAGUAUAUCUAAAGAGCCAGACAGCUGGGAAAUUAUAGAAGGCCUGAAAAUUGGUCAGACUAAUGUCCAGAAGCCAGACAAACAUGAAGGAUUCAUGCUGAAGAAAAGGAAAUGGCCUUUAAAAGGCUGGCACAAGCGCUUUUUCGUCCUGGAUAAUGGAAUGUUGAAAUAUUCAAAGUCACCAAUUGAUACUCAGAAAGGGAAGGUCCAUGGGAGCAUAGAUGUUGGUUUAUCAGUUAUGUCAAUUAAAAAGAAAGCUCGUAGGAUAGACCUUGACACUGAAGAGCACAUCUACCAUUUGAAAGUGAAAUCCCAGGAUGCAUUUGAUGCUUGGGUGUCAAAGCUGCGGCACCACAGAUUAUACCGUCAGAACGAGAUUGUACGAUCACCACGAGAUGCCAGCUUCCACAUAUUCCCUUCAACUUCAACCACCGAAUCCUCUCCUGCUGCUAAUGUUGCUGUGCUGGAGGCUAAGGUCUCACAGAAUAACUUCCCAUGGCAACCAUCUAUCCCCUGCAGUAACAGCCUACCCUCAACAUGCACCACUGGCCAAAGUAAAGUAGUUGCUUGGUUGCAGGACUCUGAGGAGAUGGACAGGUGUGCAGAAGAUCUUGCACACUGUCAGUCAAACCUUGUGGAACUGAGUAAAAUUCUUCAAAAUUUAGAAAUACUUCAGAGAACCCAGUCAGCUCCAAACUUCACUGAUAUGCAGGCUAACUGUGUAGAUAAGAAAGACAAGCGUGUCACAAGAAGAUGGAGAACAAAAAGUGUCAGCAAAGAUGCUAAAAUACAGCUUCAGGAAGGGACAGCGCUGAAAGGCCAAUUCAGUACUGCACGGCGCCGGCAGAGACUAGCAGCAGCAGUGGCUACAACAGUUCCUUUCAGUACUACAAUGUCUCCUGUUCGCCUACAUUCAUCCAAUCCUAACCUCUGUGCAGACAUCGAUUUUCAGGCUCCUCCAAGUCAUGUAUCUGACUCCCUGGACAACUCCACAGACUACAUAAAACUCCAGGAAGAGUUUUGCCUCAUGGCCCAGAAAGUGCAUUCUCUUCUGAAGUCUGCCUUCAACAGCAUAGCGAUAGAGAAAGAAAAGCUUAAGAAGAUGGUUUCAGAGCAUGAUUUCGCAGGACCUGCGACACAGAUAACACGUCUUCGACAAUCACUUUCUCAGGCUCUCAACCAGAAUGCUGAACUAAGGAGUCGCUUGAACAGAAUACAUACAGAGGCUGUUAUUUGUGAUCAGGUUGUCAGUGUAAAUAUUAUCCCUAGCCCUGAUGAGACGGGUGAAAAGAUCCAUGUCAAUCUCCCACUCUCCCAGCAAGUUUCUAAUGAGAGCAGGCUCUCCAUGUCUGAAUCGGUCUCUGAGUUCUUUGACGCACAAGAGGUGCUUCUGUCUGCAAGCUCAUCAGAAAAUGAGGCUUCUGAUGAUGAAUCAUACAUCAGUGAUGUGAGUGACAACAUAUCUGAGGACAACACCAGUGUCGCAGACAAUAUUUCUCGGCAAAUACUUAAUGGUGAACUAACAGGAGGUGCUUUCAGAAAUGGGCGAAGGACGUGUCUCCCAACCCCCUGUCCUGAUACUAGUAAUAUCAACCUAUGGAACAUUUUGAGAAAUAACAUUGGGAAGGAUCUCUCCAAGGUAUCCAUGCCGGUAGAGCUAAAUGAGCCUCUGAAUACUUUGCAGCACCUUUGUGAAGAACUAGAAUAUAGUGAACUCUUGGACAAGGCUGCUGAAUCUGAUGACCCCUACGAACGCAUGGUCCUUAUCGCUGCUUUUGCAACUUCAGGAUAUGCCUCCACUUAUUAUAGAGCUGGAAGCAAGCCCUUUAACCCUGUGCUUGGCGAGACUUUUGAAUCGAUUAGGGAAGACAAAGGAUUUCGAUUUUUCUCAGAGCAGGUUAGCCACCACCCACCCAUUUCUGCCUGUCACUGUGAAUCAAAGAAUUUUGUGUUUUGGCAAGAUAUCCGGUGGAAAAACAAAUUCUGGGGGAAAUCAAUGGAAAUACUGCCAAUUGGAACACUGAAUGUAACGAUUCCAAAAUAUGGUGAUUGCUACGUAUGGAACAAAGUCACUACUUGCAUACACAAUAUCCUUAGUGGAAGGAGAUGGAUAGAACAUUAUGGAGAAAUAACCAUCAGGAACACAAAAAGCAGUGUCUGUAUUUGUAAACUCACAUUUCUCAAGGUGAAUUACUGGAAUUCUAAUGUGAAUGAAGUUCAAGGCAUUGUCAUGGACCAAGAAGGGAAAGUGGUGCAUCGCCUCUUUGGAAAGUGGCAUGAAGGACUAUACUGUGGGGUUGGGCCUUCAGCAAAAUGUAUAUGGAGGCCAGGCUCCAUGCCAACCAACUAUGAACGUUAUUAUGGCUUUACAAGGUUUGCUAUUGAGCUGAAUGAAUUAGACCCUGCGUUGAAAGACCUUCUUCCAGUGACAGAUGCACGAUUCCGGCCAGAUCAAAGGCUUUUAGAAGAAGGGGAUUUAGAAGCAGCAGCAUCAGAAAAGCAAAGAAUAGAAGAACUCCAGAGGAAUCGGAGACGCUACUUAGAAGAAAACAAUAUGGAACACGUACCAAAAUUUUUUAAAAAAGUUAUCGAUGCCAAUCAAAGAGAAGCUUGGGUUUCUAAUGAUUCAUAUUGGGAACUCCGAAAGGAUCCUGGCUUUAGUAAAGUAGAAACCCUCAAACUCUGAUUGGAAAAUUGAGCUCUUCUGUACCCUGAGCCUCUUCCCUCUCCUGCAAGCUUCAGGAAAAUCUCCAGAAGACAGUCUGACUGUAUGAUUUGCUUCCUUGUUAAAAUGCUGCUUUUUCACUGGAAGUCACUACAUUAAGUCCAUCAUGUUCCCUCACUGAUCUCUGUUACAUGCCCCUGUUCCUCAGUAGACUUCUCCCCUCCAUUUCUUCCAUUAUGCACCCCAAAGUUGGCAAUAACCACAUGUCAGUGACAAGUUUUUGGAGGCACUCCAGCAGAUUCAGGGGCAAAGAGCAAGGUGGGGGCUUUCUAGAUUAUGGGAAAGGCCUAGAAGGCCUGUCAAGGUGCUUCUAGUAGAGGGCUUUUUAGGUGUUCUGUAACAGCUUUCCAACAGAAAAAAUAAAACCAGGAUGUCGGGCACUCAAUGUAGUAAACAGACUUUCUGUGGGGUUCUCAAGUCUUUACAGGUUGAUUUUAUAGCUUUAAAAAGCGUUUGCAAAUAGUGGCUGUGGAUACAAAAAGAGGUACUUUUGAAUUACAUUUUACAAUACAUAUGUGUGGUGAGUGAACAAAGAUGACAUUUUGGCUACCAGUACACACUUCUGAGGUCCAUAAAUUUCCUAUCAGCCAUCAUUGUGUUUCUAAGAAUGGUAGCAAAUGGGGAAUAAUUUCUUUCCGUGGCGUGUAAGAAGCAGUUUUAUUAACUAUUAACAGUGCAAUACUAUGCCCAGCUACUUGGAAGGAAAUCCUGUUAAGUUCAGUGGAACUGAUUCCCAAAUGCACAUCGGAUUGCACCCUAAAAAGAACAGGUGCUUCCCUAUUUACUUCAGUGGAAAAUGAAUUGUACUCCCAAUUCUUUGUUCAGUGAGUUCUGUUCCCCUCAAAUUAAGCACUGAAAUGCUUCCCUGUAACCUUUCAUUGUUUUGUUUUGCUGCUUAUCCUAUCUACCAGGAAAUGUCUGUAAAGAAAGGUAUAACUAGUUGAGUUUAAUUUAUGUUUAUUCUAAUAGAACAAGGCAACAUUAUCAAACUAUGUGCUACAUUUUGUGCAGUAUUUUGUUAAAUUCUAACAGAAAAUUGGUAGCUGAAGAAUCAUGAUGGAAAUGGAAUUGUAUUUUAAAAAUAGCCAUGAGCACAAUCCAGUAAAUGUUCAUUUGAAGUUUGACAAAUGUUGAAAGCAGUGGAAUGGGACAUUGAUCAUGCCUAACAAAUUCCAUAAACUCACAAUUUACUAGAUUGUGUCCUGUGGUCCUAAUUGAAAGAAGUGGUAUUCAGGGUGUAAGAGAAUACAUGUGAACUUUUAAGUAUCGUUUAGGCCGCAAUUUUACUCAUACUUCUAUGGGAGUAAAGCCCCACUGAAUACAGCGGUCCUUACAUUUGAGUAAGCACGCGUAGGAAUGCACGGUUAAUCUGCUUGUUUGCACUGCCCAAAAAACAUGACAGUUUACUUAGAAAAGUGUCUUCCCCUGACAGUGGGAACUGUCGUAGCAGUGAAGAAAAUGUGUUGUUCCAGAGACUCAUGGUUCUUUUCAACAUGUAUGUAUCACUUAAUUGGAUUGCGUGUUAUGUUGUGCUACCAAAAUGCAGGAGAACUAUGCCUCUUCAAAUGAAUGUUGUACAGAGGAAUGUUCCAUUUGUAAGAAAACAGGCCUCAAUAAA